AUCCCCAGGCCGCCUCGGCGCGAGUCGCUUGCAAGCAGAGAGUCUCCAAGAUGGCCGCUUGGGGAAGGAGGCGUCUCGGCCCGGGCAGCAGCGGUGGCGGCCCCCGAGAGAGGGUGAGCUUGUCAGCCACAGACUGUUACAUCGUGCACGAGAUCUACAAUGGAGAGAAUGCCCAAGACCAGUUUGAGUACGAGCUGGAGCAGGCCCUGGAAGCCCAGUACAAGUACAUCGUGAUUGAGCCCACCCGCAUUGGCGACGAGACCGCCCGCUGGAUCACCGUGGGCAACUGCCUGCACAAGACCGCUGUGCUGGCUGGCACCGCCUGCCUCUUCACCCCGCUGGCCCUGCCCUUAGAUUACUCCCACUACAUCUCCCUGCCUGCAGGUGUGCUCAGCUUAGCCUGCUGCACCCUGUACGGGAUCUCCUGGCAGUUUGACCCUUGCUGCAAGUACCAGGUGGAGUACGACGCCUACAAACUGUCACGCCUGCCCCUGCACACGCUCACGUCCUCCACGCCGGUGGUGCUGGUCCGGAAGGACGACCUGCACAGAAAGAGACUGCACAACACAAUAGCCCUGGCCGCCCUGGUGUACUGUGUAAAGAAGAUCUACGAGCUUUAUGCCGUAUGAUCGCAGUAGCACAAGGAGAGAAGCAAGCAGCCAGUCCACGAGACAACAGAGGUCAGGGUGCCACCGGAAUGGUCCUGCUGUGAGGCAGCAGAGCCUGGGGAGGCGUUUGGUUCAAUGUUUGUUAUUUAAAAGAAACACAGAUCACAGUGUACUGAGGGUUUUGCAGCUCACUACACCAAGAUGUGGAUCCUGUCACCCUUGGGGGCCUGAGGCUGUGGACGUCUGCCCGGGCAGUGAACUGUUGAUGGCAGUGAUGCCACCAAGGGGGUGUGAGUGCGCUUAGGGAUCUUUUAAGUCUGUUGUUUAAUUGUACCACGCAGAGCCAACCCAAAGCUGUUGACCAUUAAAAUUAUGAAAUUUCA